CCUCUGCUGUCCCCACCCCAGAUUCCCGUGCAAUUUUCCCCAAUCCCAAACACUUAAUUGAGCAAUUGGGAUUCCUCACGUGUGGGCUGAUUUGUAGUUUGAACACGUGGCUCAUUCAAAAAAGCCGGAAUAGCAGAGGAUUUUUUUUUCUCAACCCCCUUCUUCUUCUAGGCUCUAGAUUUAGAGGCGGGCACCAGCCUUACCGUGUGUGACAUUCUCUGUCUCUUUACCAAGGGGUUUGGAGGAAGACACACCGUAGUUUCUCCUCCUUUUCACCCAGCCCGCCAUCGUUUGGAGACACGAGCUUAAUAAUUGAGCAUUUAUUUAUUGCGCGACAGUGACAGAGGGGCGAGGGAGAGCAGACGCACUGUGAGGCUGCCAGUUUAAAUCUAUCUGUGGCUCGAACGACCGGGAAGCACGCCACAGCCACUCCGUAAUAGUAUAGGCGAUUCAGGCUAGGCUACUCCAAUCCCUGCACACCCAGUGAGAGCAAAUAACUAUCUCUCCCUCAGCGUAAAGAUUGUCCCUUUUCGGCACAGAACAUGAAUAAGCUAUACAUUGGCAACGUGAGCGCUGAGGCGAGCGAGGAGGACUUCGAAACUAUCUUUGAGCAGUGGAAGAUUCCGCACAGUGGUCCGUUUCUUGUCAAAACUGGUUACGCGUUUGUGGAUUGCCCGGACGAGAAAGCUGCAAUGAAGGCCAUCGAUGUUCUUUCAGGUAAAGUUGAACUUCAUGGGAAAGUUCUCGAAGUGGAACACUCGGUCCCUAAACGUCAAAGGAGCUGUAAGCUGCAGAUCAGGAACAUCCCCCCUCACAUGCAGUGGGAGGUUUUGGAUGGUAUGCUUGCUCAGUAUGGUGGAGUAGAGAGCUGUGAACAAGUAAACACUGACACAGAGACCGCAGUAGUCAACGUUCGAUACGCAGCCAAGGACCAGGCCAGGCUGGCAAUGGAGAAGCUGAAUGGAUCUAUGAUGGAGAACUAUGCCUUGAAAGUAUCGUAUAUCCCAGAUGAGACGGCUGCACCAGAAGGUCCUUCAGCGGGUGGCAGGAGAGGUUUUAACGCCCGUGGAACUCCUCGUUCUGGUUCUCCAGGUCUGGGCGCCCGGCCCAAAUUGCAGUCAGACAUCCCGCUACGCAUACUGGUUCCCACACAGUUUGUAGGGGCAAUUAUUGGCAAGGAAGGUGCCACUAUCCGCAACAUCACCAAACAGACCCACUCAAAGAUUGACAUCCAUAGGAAAGAGAAUGCGGGUGCAGCAGAGAAGCCCAUCACAAUUCACUCCACCCCUGAAGGUUGUUCAAACGCUUGUACGACCAUCAUGGAGAUCAUGCAGAAGGAAGCCCUCGACACAAAGUUUACUGAGGAGAUCCCGUUGAAGAUACUUGCACACAACAACUUUGUAGGAAGAUUAAUUGGGAAGGAAGGACGCAACCUGAAGAAAAUCGAGCAAGAUACGGGGACCAAGAUCACAAUCUCACCUCUCCAGGACUUGACUCUGUACAACCCAGAGAGAACCAUCACAGUGAAGGGCUCCAUUGAGGCCUGCGCAAGAGCCGAAGAGGAGGUGAUGAAGAAGGUCAGGGAAUCGUAUGAGAGUGACAUGGCUGCUAUGAACCUCCAGUCCAACCUGAUUCCAGGCUUGAAUCUGAAUGCUUUGGGGUUGUUCCCCAGUGGAGCACCAGGCAUGGGUCCCGCCAUGUCAAGUGGACCACCUCCUGGAGCCCACGGUGGAUGCUCAUCAUUUGGAUGCAGUCCUUAUGGGGUUGAGGAGCCGAUUUGGGCUUCUGUGCUGUCGGCGAGCAGCCAGCCCCUUCAGGGACACCCAGAGUCGGAAACGGUUCACCUGUUCAUCCCUGCGCUUGCGGUGGGAGCCAUCAUUGGAAAACAGGGUCAACACAUCAAACAGCUGUCACACUUUGCCGGAGCUUCAAUCAAGAUUGCCCCUGCAGAAGGAAUGGAUGCCAAACAGAGGAUGGUCAUCAUCAUUGGACCGCCAGAGGCUCAGUUUAAGGCUCAGUGUCGCAUCUUUGGCAAGCUAAAGGAAGAGAAUUUCUUUGGACCCAAAGAAGAGGUGAAGCUGGAAGCUCACAUCAAGGUCCCUUCCUUUGCUGCUGGACGAGUCAUUGGGAAAGGUGGAAAAACGGUGAACGAACUGCAGAACCUGACCUGUGCAGAGGUGGUGGUGCCCAGGGACCAGACGCCUGAUGAGAAUGACCAGGUUAUAGUAAAGAUCAGCGGACACUUCUUUGCAUGCCAGCUUGCCCAGAGAAAGAUCCAGGAGAUCCUGGCCCAGGUAAGGAGGCAGCAGCAGCCUAAGCCCACACCUGGAGCCCAACCUCCACAGCCCCGCAGGAAGUGAAAGCUCCAGCAGACCUGGAGGAAGGGUGACGGCAUCUGCCAGAAGACGUGACGGAUGCAACGGAGUCCAGAGGGAGAUGAAGACAAGGGGUCGUAAUGCUCAUCUCAGGGCGUCAAAGAUUAUCAGAACCCAACCAAACAUCCACCCCUCCUUGUCUUACUUGAUUAACUACAAGUGUGGCUAAUAAGGGACCCAACGCCUCUAAACCUCCACUCACCUCAUCUCUGUGAGAAUGUACUUCUGGGGGCUCCCACCAACGUCCCCUGCCCUCACAUGUACGCAACGCACCCUUCGAACCAACCGCUCCCCUUCUCCCCUCCAUGGGUGUGUUUUUAUUUGUUUUUGUCCUUUUUACACUAGAAACACAAAAUAAGCAUCCCCCUCCUAUCACCUCCUUGGUGUGGUACUUCAAACGUGACAAGUUUUGGUUGACUUCAGAUUUUUUGUUUUUGAUUCAUUUGUUGAUAAAGCUUUCACACGAGUUUUCUGUGGAAGUGAAAAGGCAUUGCUAUCAGGGUCCUGGUUGGACCAACGGAGGUUUAUUUUGGGGGAGGGGGUUGGCUCAAAUUGGGUGGGCCAUCUUUAGGAAAAGAUUUGUUUCAGGACAGGAACCCUGCAAGGGUGGAUUAUAUUGGGUGUCCUGCCCCUGUAAUGAUAGUGGCAUUUUAUAAAUUUAGAUGCAUUUUAUAGAUAGACCUAUAUACAUGAUGAAUAUAUAUAUAUUUAGAGGUGAGGGCAGCGCCACGACUGACACUUAGGGAAACAGUGCCGAACUGCUGCUGCCCAGGAAAACCAAUUUAAUAUGCAUUUUACUUAACUACCUCAGGAUCUAGUACCUCAGAAGAGAAAAGAAAAUGAUUAUAUAUAUAUGAAAAAAAUGUUCCUUUCUUUUUUAUUUUGCUUUUGUGGUAUUUUGUAUACUUUAUAAAGCUGAUAGUCUUUGAACAUUUUUAUUUUUUUAAGAAAAUUUAAAAUUUGGUCAGCUGCCAACUGACCUUGCCUUCAACUCUGGUGCUUCAGGUGGCAUUGUUCGUGUGUGUGACUUAAGAUGACCCUGUACAUAAAGUCUAUUUGUACAUAGCAUCCCCGGAGCAAGAGUUGGCACCCCCUCAGCUGGCGGCUGACAGUGUCGAAAAAAUCACCUCAGUUUUUUCCCCCUGAGGAUCCCCCCCUUUUCUGGAAAAAAGUACAAAACAACUAAGACAUGCAAAUAAUGCCAACCGUACAUCAUUGCAGCAAUUCCAUUUAGUUUUGGAAUCGACAUUGUUAUUAGGAACUUUAAUUUGUCAAAAACAAAUCGUGGUCAGUGCAGUGUGGACUGUAAUGGUCCCCUCUUGCUGCCCUACCGUCAGCAGAGCGUCAUUUUUUUGUCCUGUUCCCAGGCUCUUUGACGAUGGCGUCUCAGCAAGGUCCAAGCCCGACUAGUUUAUUUUCAUAGAGCAAGCUUUGUCAGUUCGGAGUGGCCCUUGUAGCGAAGGCCAUCAAGUCAAUGUUGACGUCGUUCACUGCAUGGUGAGGGUAGGGGAAGUAACAUUGAGACACUUUUUUUUUUUUGUUGCGCUAUAGGAAAAUGAUUUAAACAAGUCAUUCUCUGUAACCCACAAAUGUAACUUGAUGUUUCAAUUUGUUCAAAUGCGGGAAACAAGCCAGAAAAGGCAAACAAAAUACUGAAUGAAUCCCGACUCGCUAAGACAAGAGGAAAGGAAUCAAAACUUAAAUAUAAAACUUAUUUCAUUUGUCUCUUCAUGCCGAAUGUAAAUAGGUUUGCGGUAAAAGUGCUCGAGUGUAUCCAUGCUUCCACAGUAGAACGCCGUCUACCUCAGCUGAGGGGGUGGGGGGGGUUGUUGAGGCACUAACCCUGCCCCCACUGAGCGCCAGCGCGCACUGUUACCUCAGUCCCCCGAACUCUCCUUUCUACAUGGGUGCGCCAUCCUGACAUCGCACAUAACUGAGGGGCACAAGUGAUACUUAAAAAUAUCUCCGACACCUCCCUGAUUCCCUGCUUCCUUCCUGCCAAACCACCUUCCCAUCCCUUUCCCUUCCUCCGCAGUUUGUUUUGAUCUACCUCUUUAGACACCUAUUUGAAGUAGAGGCAUUCUUCUAUUUGUUAGAAUUUAGCCCCCCCCCCUCGUUUUUGCUUCCCCGAUAUGAAAUGAAACUAAAAUGUACUCUUUAGAAAUGAGAGAAUAAUUGAAAGUGAUCAAAAUAUUUUCUUUGCCAGUUUAUAUAUACUCUUUUUGGCUUAAUUGAAAUCCUCAAACGAUGAUUAUUUCUUUCUGCUUUCUUUUUUUGGUGGUGUGGCUUACAUGUAUUUGAACUUUUGCUUGGCUUUUUUGUAAAAGCUCAAAUCACGUGUUUGAUUUUGCAUUUACUAGUUAAUACAAGAAAAUAACAGUUAAAAAAGGGCCUGCCUUUUUUGUUUCUGAUUUGUAAGACUUCAAAAUAGAUAAAAGUCCUGUCAUUUUUUUUUUCUUGUCUUUCACAGAUGCUACACUCACUUGCUGAUUUGGUAGCUAUUUUGUUCUGUUAGCAUUUCUUGGCUGUGUAAUGUGAAACAUCCUCCUGGUAUGAGACAGAUAUGAGGGUCUGGGUCACUGAGUUUAUUUGGAAAAGUGAUCUAAUCUCAGCAUGAUUCCCUUCUUACCCUCUCUGCAACAAUGAUUGUGCCCCUUCACCUCCCUUUCACACACGGCUCCACUUGUCAAAUGCCUCUGAAUAAAAAAAAAU